AUGAAUACAGUAAGCAAUACUUAAAGGAAUUUAGAUUUUUUAAGUCUUACUGAGAAAAUAGGAAGACUAAAAAGUUUCGUAGUUUAUUCGCUUUUGAUCUUCGCACUAUUUAACUUGGUAGCAGCAUUAGUUCUUAUCUUAAUUCCUAUAAAUGAUCCUGAUAUGAAGAAUAAUACUUAAAUGAUAUUUGCAAAAAGAGCUUGGGUCAAAGAGCAAGAAUUAUAAAAAAAUCUAAUUGAAAAUAAAAUAAUUUUACAGAUUAAUGAUCAAAAUGGAAAGUUAUCUAAUUCAUUAAAAGUAAAUAAUAAGUAGCUUGCCCCAUUCAAUUUAAUAUCUCAAGUUGUUCCUUUACAAAGUUCUGACUAUUUUGGCAAUAUUCAAAUCAGCCACUAAUGGAAUUACUCAUCAAAUUCUUAGAAUUUAUCUUUCAACUUCUAUGUUAAUGAAAUUAACGAUGAAAACAAACUUAUCAAUUCAUAAGAUUAAAAUUCUUAAAUGACCCUCUAAACUAUACUAUAAACAGAGUUUAACAUGGUAGAUAUGAUAGCUUAAGGAAUGUGUUUCGAUAUUACAUCUUGUGUAGAAAACUGUAUUAAAAAUAAAAAUGAAAUCGUUUAAAAUGAAAAUAGAGAGAAAGUUUGCAGAGGCUUAUUCUAAGUUAACAGCGUCUGUGCCGUUAUGGAUUUCUCUGACAAAAAAAUAAUUGGAGGAUGCUACAAGAAUGGAUAGUAUGAAAAAUACAGCUUUAUUAAAACUUCUUAAGACACCAAAAAAUAAAUAGUCCACUAGAAUAUGAAAGUAAGAGAUUCAGUAGACAUAAAUUUUGAAAUUUAUGAUAAAUAAGAUCCUCACAUUAAAGCCUUAGAGUUAUCAUAAACUUACGAGCCUUAUGAAUAAACUGUCUCUCCUUACUAAAAGGCUUCUAAGUACUUCUUCUUAAUAGGAGGCUCAAUCUCAGUAGCUAUUCUUUUCAUACUAGCUCUAAUCAACGCAAGCCAUAAUAAAGAAAAAGGAGAUGAAAAAGAAGAAAACAAAUUAAAUUAAACUUAAGAAAUGGUCUUAGAUCCCACAUCAAUCACUCAAAUGAAUUGA